UUUCUUCAAAUGUUCCCUCAGAAAUGAUGCAAUUCUUCCCAGAAUUAUUUAAAGCCUUUCACAUUCUUGGAAGGCUUCAAAUUUCAGAAAAACUGAAUUAUUUCUGGACUUGAAUCCCUUUGAAAUGUCAUUUUAAAUGUUGGGUUUUAUGGGUAACACAGUUCACUAUUGAGUUUAUUAAAACGUGGCAAUUGUUCCUAGUCCCCAUUAAAGAACUUCAAUUAUUACUCAAGAUGUAAACGAGAUAUAUUCUCAAAGGUGUGAAUUUCAGCAAUGCCCCUUUAAACUGAGCAUCACUGCUGAGGUGAACUUAACCUUUGAUCUGUGGUUGAUUUGCUUUACUACAUGUUUUGACAUAGAUUUACUAUUUUACAGUUAUUUUAUCUUUAAACUUUAUGCCACUUAGCUUUACUCACUUUUAUAAUUUUACAUAAUGUUUAAAGAAUUAAAACCCAUAAGAAUUUCAGAUGCAUCCGCGUACACUGAGCAUAAUGUCAGGGACCAUUUGUAAUGCAGGUUUGUGACUUUUACGCCACAGUGGAUGGUUCCGUGCGCGCUGCUCCUCCUCUCUUGCCUCCGCAGCUUCCCUGGGAAAAGCUGCGACCUCUUCCUCGCGUUUGAAUGGCCAGCUCCACCGUUCUGGGAGAGGACGCGGAGCUGGAACCUUUCCGCGGCGCCUUCGACGCACAUUUUUACGCAUGAGUCGACGCGCUCCCGUCAUUCCAGGCGCACCGAGCGGAUUUCAGCCUCUGGUGAGACUUAACGACUUGCUGUUAACGGAGCAGCAAGAGGAGACGGUUAAUGCGACUGUUUCCAUAACUGCAUGUUUUCUGUGUGCAACGUGGUGAUGCGUGUGAAGCACUGACUGUUAGCAGCAAGGGCGUCGCUAAGAUUUUGUAAGACGGGGGGCCUCAGCUCAGACAGAAACAUUUCAUUAUUUUAUAAAAAAAAAAAAAAAAACAUUGCGAACACUUUAUGGCCAAAAAGUGUUUAAUGCAUUAUGCCAGAUACUUCCUUAAAUUGCCUUUUUAAGUUUGACUGAAAAGAUGAGAAAUGUUGGAACAAUAAUUGUCAUUAGCUACAUGCUGCCAUCCAAAGGAAUCCCAUAAUGCUUGGAAAAGAGUGACUGAUGUGAACCCUGGACCUCCCUGCUGAGCAUCAUGGGAUGUGGCACUUCUGUUGCUACUGAAACGCAAGUAAAGCAACUGGAAACAGAUGAAGCCGUUAAAAGCCCCAGCCCGGCUCUCACAAUGAAGGCAGCAGUUUUGAUCCAGCGAUGGUACCGGCGCUACAUGGCCCGACUGGAGAUCCGAAGGCGGUACACGUGGAACAUCUUUCAGUCCAUCGAAUAUGCCGGAGAACAGGACCAGCUGCAGCUGUCCAGUUUCUUCACUUACAUGCUGGACAAUUUCACCCACCUUAACGGAAACGGACCUGACUUGAUCUCCCAGCUGCUGGAUCCCGUCAUCGACCCCUGGUUAGACAGAGAGACCUGCUACAAAACAAUCCCCAUCCCAGAGUCUUACACCGGACCUCGUAUUUUGUUUCCUCUGUCCGUCUCUGAUACAAACGCCCUCCUGAGUGCUUUUAAAGAGCAGCAGACUCUACAUGCCAGGUAUGUCCUGCAGCUGCUGUAUGAGAGCAAAAAGCUCCUCAAGCAGAUGCCAAAUAUUGUCCAGGUGUCAACGUCCUACGCCAAGGAGAUCACCAUAUGCGGUGAUCUCCAUGGCCGGCUGGAUGACUUACUUCUGAUAUUCUAUAAGAACGGACUGCCUUCUGCUGAGACGCCCUACAUCUUUAAUGGAGACUUUGUGGAUCGUGGGAAAAAGUCUGUAGAAGUGAUAAUCCUCCUAUUUGCCUACCUUCUGCUUUACCCAGACCACAUGCACCUGAACCGAGGAAACCACGAGGAUCACAUCAUGAACCUCAGAUAUGGAUUCACAAAAGAAGUUAUGCAGAAGUAUAAGACUCAUGGCCGUGAGAUCCUCCAGCUGUUUCAGGACGUUUUCAGCCUUCUGCCCAUCGCAACAGUCAUUGAUGCAAAGAUCCUCAUUGUGCACGGAGGAAUUUCAGACCAGACUGAUCUGGAAUUGCUCAGCUCCAUCGAGCGGCACAUGGUGAAAUCUGCCUUGAGGUUUCCUAGACGCAGUUUGGAGCAGCUUGACAUCGGUCAGUCCCAUCGACUGGGCAAAAGAAUAAGGUCGACAAAACUCUCUCGUCCCAGCAGCAGUCGCAGCUACAAUGGGAGCCACGUUACCCCCACUCUGAGAAAGAGGAGAUGCGGGCUGAGCCGGCAAGACAGUGGAGCCUCCACUUCAUCUUCUUCGUCCUCGUCGUCGUCCUGUUCUUCGCUCUGCUCUCCUCGAACCCCCUCCUACCCCUCAUCUCCCAGCACACCCUGCAACGUCCUCCAGGUGCCGUUCCUGGACUCUCUGUCCUCAGUUCCUCUCCCAUCGCCUUCACAACAGGAACGGGAAUGGAAACAGGUUGUGGAUAUAUUGUGGAGCGACCCUAAAAGCCAGGAAGGCUGCAGCCCCAACUCUUUCAGAGGUGGAGGCUGCUACUUCGGCCCUGACGUUACGCAGAGGCUGCUGCACAAGCACGGACUGCAGCUGCUCAUCCGCUCUCAUGAGUGCAAACAGGAGGGUUACGAGCUCUGUCACGGCGGACGGGUGAUCACCAUCUUCUCAGCAUCAAACUACUAUGAGGAGGGAAGCAACCGUGGUGCUUACAUCAAACUGGGAAAGGAACUGGUGCCUCGCUUCUACCAAUACCAAGUCAGCCGCACAACCCGCAGGCUAACACUGACACAGAGAGUUCGUGCAGCUGAAGGCUCUGCUCUCAGGGCUCUAAAGGAGAAACUGUUCGCCCAUCGAUCUGAGCUGAUGACAGGCUUCCUGCAGCACGACCCAAAUGAAACCGGAUGUGUGUCAGUCGGUGAAUGGGCCAAGGUGCUGGACUCUGUCCUGAGACUGGACUUACCCUGGCGGACACUUCGUCCACACUUAGUCCAUCUGGCACCAGAUGGCAGUGUUGAGUAUCAGUCCUGCUUUGAGGAUGUGGGACCAGGAGCUCCUCUUCCUCAGGUUGCUCCCAACUUGGCUGAAACUCUGUUCAGAUACAGAACCGACAUCGAGAUCAUUUUCAACAUCAUAGACAAAGAUCAUUCAGGUCUGAUCUCCAUUGAGGAGUUUCGCCACACCUGGCGCCUUUUCAGCGCUCACCUGGGGGUCGCCAUCGACGACAGAGCCAUUGAUGAUCUGGCCCGCAGCAUCGACUUCAACAAGGACGGCAGCAUAGACUUCACAGAGUUCUUGGAGGCCUUCAGGGUGGUGCACAAACUGGACAUCAAAGAUCAUCAACUGAGCGAAAACGUGGAUAGAGGGAAGAACGCUUGAGGAUUUGAAAGAAGGGAAAAGAAAAGGAGACAUGAACUCGAUGCGAAGACUCCUCCAAACUGCUGCAACUUUCACUGUUGAUCUUUGAAGGUUCUUUUGCUGUUUGUUUUGUUUAUUAAAUAAAAAAAUUAAAUCAGCAAAAAACAACUUUUUUUUUCCCCUUUCCCACAUUUAGAAAUUCACAAGCAGUAUUUAUCCAGAACCACAUUUCCCAUUAAUGCAAAAAAAAAAAAAAAAGUUUUCCAUCUACACAAAGUAGAUGGAAAAAGUGUCCAAACUGUUUUAACAAAGCUGACUGCA